AUGUGGCACGGGCCCAACUCGGACGGCAAGAUUGGAGUGGAGCUCGCUGGCGGAGGCUCGGCGCGCGCGCUGCCGUCGUCGGCGCGGUACUACCACGCGCUUCGUGGGCCAAACGCGGGCGACACGCUCGCCACGCUCGCGUUCCGCCUCAACGCCGAGCAGGCGGAGGUGUGCCGCCGCGUCGCCGGCUGGUUCGAGCCGUCGGCGGCGGCGGCGCCAGAGGGGGCGGCUGCGCCCUCCUUUCCCUCUCCGGUGGUGCUGGUCCUGAUCGACCACGGCGAGGGCGACGCGCUGCUCCGCAUCGGCUCGGCGCGGCGCAUCGCGCGGCGGGUGCUGCCGCGCUCGACGCACGGCCGGCUCGCAAAGUCGGACGAGGCGGCCAUCCGCUCCGAGCUACAGGCGGCGCUGCAGCACGCGUCGCCAGCGGAGCGGCCAGGCCUGGUCGCGGCGCUCGAGGAGCUCACCUCGGGCCGCAUGGCUGCGCGCGCGCGCGCCGUGCGCGCCUACCCCAUCCUCGGCGCGACCUGCUGCGCGACGCGCCUGCCCGUCCUCGAAGGCGUCCGCGUGGCAGUCACUCUCCUCGACGAGUGCUCCCAGAUGAGCGAGCCGUCGUCGCUGCUCCCGAUCGCGCGGCUCGGCGCUGCGAGGCUGCUGUGUGUCUCGCACGGCGCCGAGGUGGAGAAGCGCGGGAGCGUGUCCAACCGCGCCGAGGCGUGCCGCUGCCUCGCGCUGCUGCGUUCGCUCGUCACGUCCGGCGUGCCAGCCACCAUGAUUGGCGUCAUCUGCCUGUACCGCGCGCAAGCGGAGACACUCGGGGCCGAGCGCGAGGUGGUGCUCGUCUCAACCUGCCGGACGCAGAGCCUCGGCUUUGUGGCCGCGCCGCGCCGGCUGAAUCCGCUCCCCGACAGCUGCGCGCGCGGCGAGCCGCUGCCUCCGACCGACGCUUUCCACGAGGUGAUGCGGGCUGCGGAGGAGGCGGAGGAGGGCGGGCGGGGCGCCAGCACCACGAGCGGCGCGGGGCUCACGAGCGGGCAGCGCGCGCUCUACUCGUGCGACGGCGGGGCAUCCUCGAUGGAGGUCACAGUCAUCGCGCUGCACCACGACGACCCGGAGGGCAUGUACGCGACGAUCCGACUCCCAGACGGGAGGGAGAGGCACACGGAGGCGUCGAGGCUGCUGCCGCCCCCGGCGGCAGCAGGCGCUCGCGCGGAGUCGGCAGGCUGGUGA